AAAGAAAUUCCGUAUCUGGUUGUUUUGUUUACGCUGCUGCGCUGUGCUUGUGCUUGUGCUUGUGUUUGUGGUUUCUCUCUCUCUCUCUCUCUCUCUCUCUGCAUAGCCAUAGUGCAUUGGGAUCUAACAGCAGCACAGGAGUGGGUGAUCGGAUCGGAGGAGGGAAGGGGCAUUUUCAUCGCCAAGGGGAAGGCGGAAUCGCUGCUGGAACGAAUCAUGAGCAAAGCCCUCGGAGACCAACAACAACAAGAAGACGACCAAGACUGCUUCUACGACUCACACGACCGUUUGCUCUCCCUCUCCUCCUCUUGCUCCUGCUCCAAUUCUAACUCCGACGAAGACAACGACAACAACGACGCCUACGCGCUCAACAACUACGACAUAUGGAUCUCCCACCCUUCCUCCGUCUCCGAGCGCCGCACGCGCCUCUUUCUCUCACUCGGCCUCACGCGCCCAAACCCUCACCCUCACCCUCACCCUCACCCUCACCCUCGCGAUCGCCUUUCGCCUCUCCGAUCCAAAUCCGACGCCGCAAACCCUAAACCUCCCAAUCCCAAUCCCAAGCCCGACCAGGAGCAGCUUCUCACAAUCCGCGAUCUCGACAACGGCGCCGAGUUCGUCCUCAACGACCACCGCCUCCGCGACGUCGCCACCGGACCUAUGGAGGAGUUCGACCUCACGCUCGGCCACUCCCCCAUCGUGCAGGAGCUCAUGCGCCGUCAGAGCGUCCGCGGCGGAGCCGCCGACGCCGCCAAUGCCGCCUCUUCCAAGGCAAAGAAGAACGGCGCCGGCGCUGGCGGCGCCGGUGCCGGUGCCGCCUCCGGCUGGCUCAGGACCAUCAAGACCGUGGCGACCUCCGUCACCGCCUACCGCGACCGCCGCAGCAGCGACGAGCGGGACACCUCGUCGGAGAAGGGAGGGCGGCGGUCCAGCUCGGCCACGGACGACAGCCAGGACGCGGCGUUCCACGGCCCGGAGAGGGUGCGCGUGAAGCAGUAUGGGAAGAGUUGCAAGGAGGUGACUGCGCUUUACAAGAGCCAGGAGAUUCAGGCGCAUAACGGGUCCAUUUGGAGCAUUAAGUUUAGUUUAGACGGGAAGUACUUGGCGAGUGCCGGUGAGGAUUGUGUGAUUCACGUGUGGCAGGUGGUGGAGGGGGAGAGGAAGGGGGAGCUGCUGCUGCUGGAUAGGGAGAAAGGGGAGGAUCAUGUUCAUGGGAGUAAUGUCAAUAUGCUUUUGCUGGUGAAUGGUUCGCCGGAGGCCGCCGCGCUGUUGUCGCCGCUCGCCGAUGGGGAGAGGAAGAGGAAGGGGAGGUCCAGUGUGAGUAGGAAGUCGUUGAGCUUGGACCAGUUGGUGGUGCCGCAGACCGUCUUUGCCCUCACUGACAAGCCCGUUUGCUCCUUUCAGGGGCAUCUUCAUGAUGUGCUUGAUCUCUCGUGGUCCAAGUCUCAGCACUUGCUCUCAUCUUCAAUGGACAAAACUGUGCGGCUGUGGCAUUUGUCUAGCGAGUCUUGUUUAAAAGUAUUUUCACACAGUGACUAUGUAACUUGCAUCCAGUUUAAUCCUGUUGAUGAUAGAUACUUCAUUAGCGGGUCGUUGGAUGCUAAGGUUCGCAUAUGGAGCAUUCCUGAUCGACAAGUUGUUGAUUGGACUGAUCUGCACGAGAUGGUCACUGCUGCAUGUUAUACGCCUGAUGGUCAGGGUGCACUGAUUGGUUCAUACAAGGGUAGCUGCCAUUUAUAUAAUACAUCUGAAAAUAAGUUGCAACAGAAAAGUCAGAUCAAUCUGCAGAACAAGAAAAAGAAAUCACAUCACAAGAAAAUUACUGGUUUCCAGUUUGCCCCAGGAAGUUCAUCGGAAGUACUUAUCACAUCUGCUGACUCAAGAAUUCGGGUUGUUGAUGGUGUUGAUCUGGUUCAUAAGUUUAAAGGCUUUCGGAAUGCAAGUAGCCCGAUUUCAGCAUCCCUCACGGCAAAUGGUAAAUACGUUGUCGCAGCAAGUGAGGACUCCCAUGUAUACAUCUGGAAAAACGAAGCUGAUUGCAGGCCCAACAGAAGUAAAGGUGUCACUGUCACACGAUCGUAUGAACAUUUUCACUGUAAAGAUGUGUCAGUGGCCAUUCCGUGGCCUGGUAUGGGUGAUGCAUGGGACAUGCAUGGUACAUUUUCCGGAGAACAACCCGAGCUUGACAACAAUGUUGAUGAAGUGUUGUCAGCCAAUCAUCCUCCUACCCCUGUAGAGGAAAACUUUGUUACUGAGGGUUCAAGAUCUGCAUCAGGUUACAGCAACAGUCCACGCCAUGCGACCAUUGCAAGUGCCACAAAUAGUUACUUUUUUGAUAGAAUUUCUGCAACAUGGCCAGAGGAAAAACUUCUUCUAGCUGCAAGAAACCAAAGCCCUCGUGUGAGUAUGGAUUUCUCUAAUGGGGUAAGUCAAAAAAUGUCAGCCUGGGGUAUGGUGAUUGUAACUGCCGGCCUUCGUGGGGAAAUUAGAACUUUCCAAAAUUUUGGAUUACCACUUCGGAUAUAAGAAAUGAGAAUAUGCAUCAGAAGGCAGCCAGUAGAAUUCACCUUCUCCAUUGUUAGUUGGUGAAAACCUGUACAGAAAAGUGGGUGAGAUUUGUAAUAUUAGCGGGGUUUCAUUUCUUUUCUUGUUUCUGUGCGUUGGAUGAAGAUAGGUUGUCAUUCCAUUCAGGCACUGAGGGUGAGGGGGGAUAAAGGUGGGGGGAAACAUUGCAAACAAAAAACCAAAAAGAAAAAAGAAAAAAAAAAAAAGUUACACCAGGAAUUUAGAAACCGAUUGAUGUAAUCGGCAAUUGUAGAGUAACGCGAGCAUGGAAAAAGUUUAUUGAAAUUAGAAAUGAUGAUUCUUUUACA